GAUUUUUUUCCUGUUCAUGCCGAGCCAGACGGACGGUCCAUCGCUCCUCGGUUGUGCAGGCUGGAGACAGCAAGAGGGCUAGGCUGGACUGAAUGUCAGAUUGUAGAGCCUGGCUCUCGUCUGCUUCUCUAUUCUUGUAGUGAGGGGAAAUUUCUCCAUUUUCCCACAGAAAACCACGCCCUUGGAGCCGAUGUUGGUUGCCAGGUCCACCUCGUGCGGAGGGUUGGAGUCGGCUUCAAGGCACCCCUGACCCCCGCCCCCAGUCGUAUCAGGAUUAGCGGACAGGACUGGUGUGAUCUGACAUCUGGUAGCUUCCCAACAGGCUAUGCCCUUUGCAUUCUCCUCUCCAACCCUUCGAGCUGCUAA